GGGAACAAACCGGUUUUCUUUUUUUUAGGAGAGCCCGUUUACCUUCAGUCUGAGAGUCUACUGGGCGGAGGGACUGAGGAGUUUGUUCACGACGAGAACCAAUUGAUUUUUUUCGCUCAUGGCAGUGCAGAAAUAAAUAAAAAUAAUCUGGAUUGUGGAAAAAGGAACGAAUUUGAAAAUAAGAUACAGUUGAGGGCGCCGGUCAUGGAUAAGGAUAAGGAAAGGUGGUCCACGAGAUGGAAAACGAAAAACUGGUUUAGGAACUCCGCUUUAAGUGCAAUCUUCAGUCUGACUUUUGUCCUACAGGCAACACAUGUGAGAGCAGCUGAACCGGUGGAUGUGCUCAAGGUCUUAGAUUUUAAAAGUUCACCAGAAGGAGUGAAGAAAACACAAGGCUUCUGCACCAUCCGGAGAGGAUCCAAACCAGAUGUGGCCUACCGAGUGGACAAACAGGCUCAACUCAGUACUCCAACCAAGCAGCUCUUCCCAGGAGGAGUAUUCCCUCAGGAUUUCUCCAUCCUUAUGACGAUCAAACCAAAGGCGGGAGUACAGUCCUUCCUUUUGUCGGUAUACAACGAGCAGGGCAUCCAGCAGCUGGGUGUGGAGGUGGGCCGCACGCCGGUCUUCCUGUAUGAGGAUCAGCAUGGGAAGCCCACUCCUGAGGAUUACCCCCUUUUCCGUGCCAUUAACCUUGCAGAUGGAAAGUGGCACCGUGUGGCUAUUAGCAUAGAAAAGAAGACCGUCACAAUGAUUGUGGACUGUAAGAAGAAGAUCUCUAAACCACUCAGCAGAAGUGACCAUGCAAUCAUUAACACCGAUGGCAUCACUGUCUUCGGGACCAGAAUCCUGGACGAGGAAGUUUUUGAGGGAGACAUCCAGCAGCUUCUUUUGGUGGCAGACGCUCGUGCAGCCUAUGACUACUGUGAACACUACAGCCCUGACUGUGAAACACCCCAUCAAGAGACACCACAGGCCCAAGAACCUGAGGAAGAGUACAAUACUGAAUACACAGAUUAUAAUGAGUUCUAUGACUACACAGAAGAAGGGACUGCCACUGAAAAUCCCACUGACAAUGUCGGUACUGAGACCAAGCCCAGCACUGCUGACACUGGAGACUACUAUAUUGAGCAGGACUAUGGUACUGAAACCCCUUCUGUUAUCAUUCCAGCCAAUGAGAAUCCAUCUCCAAAAGAGGAAAUAGUAGACGACUACAUUACAGGGAUAGAAGAAGUUGGAGUGGAUCCCACCGUUGCCAUCAAUGAGAAUGUGGAUAUUGUGGAGUCCAAAAGCACUAAUGGUGCAGAAAACCAGGACUUUAAGGAAUACGACAUUAACGAAUAUGAUACAAAAGAGGUAGACCCCAGCAUUUAUGAAGAUUCGUUCUAUGACUACAAUACUAAUGGAGCUAAACCCACCGGAUCAACCUACGAGAGCGAGUUUGAACCGGGCCGACCUGCUGAAACGCAGGUCACAGAGAGCAAUGUUGGUGGUGGCUAUGGUGGUGAAAAGGGGCAAAAAGGUGAACCUGCAGUCAUUGAGCCGGGGAUGCUGGUAGAGGGACCCCCAGGACCACCAGGUCCCCCUGGUCUCCCCGGCACACCAGGUAUACAAGGCUCCUCAGGCCUCUACGGAGAUCCUGGUGAGAGGGGCCCUCCUGGUCGUCCUGGUUUGCCAGGCGCAGAUGGAGCUCCGGGGCCCUCUGGCACCAUCCUCAUGUUGCCGUUCCGCGCUGGUGGAGAAGCUCACAAAGGUCCAGUGGUGACGGCACAAGAAGCUCAGGCCCAAGCCAUCCUCGCCCAGGCUCGGUUGACUAUGAGGGGACCACCUGGCCCAAUGGGAUUGACAGGACGUUCCGGCCCUGUGGGUGGUCCUGGUGCACCUGGUGCUAAAGGGGAAAGUGGAGAUUCUGGCCCACAGGGACCGAGAGGACUUCAGGGCCCUACUGGACCACAUGGAAAAGGAGGCAAGAGGGGCCGAAAUGGAGCCGACGGAGCCAGAGGAAUUCCUGGAGAAUCAGGAGCCAAGGGGGACCGAGGAUUUGAUGGACUUCCUGGUCUUCCUGGUGAGAAAGGACACAGGGGUGAGGGAGGUCCUAUUGGCUCACCAGGCACUCCAGGAGAGGAUGGACCGAGGGGCGAGGAUGGUGAAAUUGGACAGAGAGGAAUGCCAGGAGAAAGUGGUCCAAGAGGACUGCUGGGCCCCAGAGGUUCUGCUGGGACCUCUGGACAGCGUGGUCUUCCUGGAUUGGAUGGACCACCUGGCCCUAAAGGAAAUAUGGGUCCUCAAGGAGAGCCUGGACCUUCUGGGCAACAGGGGAACCCCGGUCCGCAUGGUCUGCCUGGUCCUCAAGGCCCGAUCGGUCCACCUGGAGAGAAAGGUCCCAAUGGGAAACAGGGGCUCCAUGGACUGGCUGGGGCUGAUGGGCCUCCCGGUCAUCCUGGGAAGGAGGGUUCUCCCGGGGAGAAAGGAGCAGCUGGCCACUCAGGUUCCCAGGGGUCCAUUGGCUAUCCCGGUCCCCGAGGCGUGAAGGGUGCAGAGGGCGUCCGUGGCUUGAAAGGCGGCAAAGGAGAAAAGGGAGAAGAUGGUUUUCCUGGGUUCAAGGGUGACAUGGGCCUCAAGGGUGAUAAGGGAGAGGUUGGCGUGUUGGGCCCCAGAGGAGAAGACGGACCAGAGGGGCCGAAAGGUAAAGGAGGUCCCUCUGGAGAGGCUGGUCCCAUGGGCAUGGCAGGAGAGAAGGGAAAACUUGGUGUUCCAGGUUUGCCUGGCUACCCAGGAAGACAAGGUCCUAAAGGCUCAACUGGUUUCGUUGGCUUCCCUGGAGCCAAUGGUGAGAAGGGAGCAAGGGGUAUUGCUGGUAAAGCAGGUCCACGAGGACAAAGAGGACCAACGGGUCCCCGUGGUGGAAGAGGUGCCAGAGGUCCAACGGGAAAACCUGGAGCAAAGGGAACAGCAGGAAAUGAUGGACCAGCUGGUGGCCCAGGAGAGAGAGGACUCCAAGGACCUCAGGGCCCUGUUGGAUUAACAGGCCCUAAAGGACCACCUGGGCCUCCUGGAAAAGAUGGAUUGCCCGGUCACCCUGGACAGCGAGGAGAGACUGGUUUCCAAGGAAAGACUGGACCUCCUGGACCUGGAGGUGUUGUUGGCCCACAGGGCUCUACAGGAGAAACUGGACCUGUUGGAGAGAGAGGACAUCCCGGAUCACCAGGACCCCCUGGAGAGCAAGGUCUUCCCGGAGCUGCUGGCAAAGAAGGUGGAAAGGGUGAUCCAGGUCCUCAGGGGGUUUCUGGGAAACCUGGCCCUGCAGGACUAAAAGGGUUCCCAGGCCAAAGGGGGAUUCCUGGCACAGCGGGUCCAUCUGGUCUGAAGGGAGGCGAGGGUCCACAGGGUCCACCCGGUCCUAUUGGGUCACCAGGAGAGAGAGGAGCAGCUGGACCCGGAGGACCCAUUGGUCUAACAGGACGCAAUGGCCCUCAAGGACCCCCGGGACCUGCUGGAGAGAAGGGUGCUCCGGGUGAGAAAGGACCUGCUGGUCCUGCCGGCCGGGAUGGCAUUCAAGGUCCAGUUGGACUCCCAGGCCCAGCCGGACCUCAGGGUCAACCUGGAGAGGAUGGUGACAAGGGAGAAGUUGGAGAACCAGGUCAAAAGGGAAGCAAGGGUGACAAAGGCGAACAUGGUCCACCAGGUCCUGUAGGUCCUCAGGGUGUAAUUGGAGCUCCAGGUCCUGCUGUGAAGAAGCUUUUAGGUAUCCCUGUAGUUUUCCAGUCAAAUAAGAAAUCUUAUGAUUUUACAGAUGAGGGGCCCCGUGGUUUCCCAGGUCUUCCCGGUCCCGUCGGACUGCAGGGUUUGCCAGGACCACCAGGUGAGAAAGGAGAGAAUGGAGACGUCGGCCCAAUGGGUCCACCUGGUCCUCCUGGUCCCAGAGGUCCUCAAGGUCCUAGUGGAGCGGAUGGUGCUCCUGGCCCUCCCGGAGGUAUCGGCGCAAUGGGUGGAAAUGGUGAAAAGGGUGAGACUGGUGAGGCAGGUAAUCCAGGACCACCAGGAGAAUCUGGUUCAGUAGGACCCAAAGGUGAGCUUGGAGAGAAAGGGGAAGCUGGCCCUCCUGGAGCUGCAGGACCCGCUGGUGCAAGAGGACCCCCUGGAGAUGACGGACCCAAAGGAAACCCAGGUCCUAUUGGCUUCCCUGGAGAUCCAGGUCCUCCUGGUGAGCCCGGAGCAGGUGGACUGGAUGGCCUUCCCGGAGACAAGGGAGAUGAUGGAGAGGCCGGUCAGCCUGGUCCACCUGGUCCAUCUGGUGAAGCUGGUCCUCCAGGACCCCCUGGAAAGCGAGUGAUAAUGCUAAAUACCUGGAUGCCUGCCCAAGCCAUGGGGCCUCCUGGAAAGUCUGGAGCUGAAGGCUUACGUGGCAUCCCGGGGCCUGUGGGUGAGCAGGGACUUCCUGGAGCUGCUGGUCAAGACGGUCCUCCUGGACCAUUGGGUCCUCCUGGUCUUCCUGGCUUGAAAGGUGACCCUGGUACUAAGGGUGAGAAGGGUCAUCCAGGUCUGAUUGGUCUGAUCGGUCCUCCCGGUGAGCAAGGAGAGAAGGGUGACCGAGGACUGCAAGGACCUCAGGGACUUGGUGGAGGCAAGGGUGAUGCUGGUCUCAUUGGUGCUUCUGGUCCCCUCGGUCCCCCAGGUCCUCCUGGUAUUCCUGGAACACAAGGACAGAAAGGAUCCAAAGGAUCAACUGGUUCAGCUGGCCAGAAGGGAGACCCUGGCCUGAUAGGACCACCAGGUCCUCCUGGCCCAGCUGGUGACAUCAUUCAGUCCCUCCCCAUCCAGACAAGUAAAAAAUCGCGGAGGUCACCUGACAUGCAAGAUGACGAAGCAGCGGGAAUGAUGGAUUAUGGUAUGGAGGGAAUGGAGGAUGUGUUUGGAUCCCUCAACACCCUCAAGCAGGACAUUGAACGCAUGAAGUUCCCACUGGGGACCCAGGAUAACCCAGCCAGAACCUGCAAAGACCUGCAGCUCAGCCAGCCAGACUUCCCUGAUGGACAUUACUGGAUCGAUCCAAAUAUGGGAUGCAUGGGAGAUGCCUUCAAAGUGUAUUGUAACUUCACUGCAGGAGGAGAAACUUGCAUUUACCCCGAUAAAAAGUCCUCAGGGGUUAGAAUAUCAAACUGGCCAAAGGAGUCCCCGGGAUCUUGGUUCAGUGAAUUUAAGCGUGGAAAAAUUUUGUCUUAUGUGGAUGUUGAGGAGAGCUCAAUAACCUCAGUCCAGAUGACGUUCCUCAAGUUGCUCAGCUCUUCUGCCCGGCAGAACUUCACAUACAUUUGCCAUCAGUCUGUGGCCUGGUAUGACGCCAAGGCUGACAACUAUGACAAGGCGCUGCGCUUCCUGGGCUCUAAUGAUGAGGAAAUGUCGUAUGACAACAACCCCUUCAUCAAGGUUCUUUCAGAUGGCUGCUCGCUGAAGCAGGGAUAUUCUAAGUCUGUGAUGGAAAUUAAUACUCCUCGCAUCGACCAGGUGCCUAUCAUCGAUGUCAUGUUGAAUGACUUUGGGGAAUCCAGUCAAAGGUUUGGCUUUGAGGUAGGCCCUGUCUGCUUCCUCGGCUAAAGGACACCCCCUCUUACCUUUAUGGCAAAGGUCAAGGAGUGUGGCCAGCCAAACAGACCCCCUCCUUGCGCCACAAACACACACACCAGCACCCGCACUGUGUAAUCGGAAAUGGAAUAUUCAUCGAACGACUGAAGCCUGCAAUUGGAAUAAACCAGAAAGAGGACACGAACUACCUGGUGGACAAUGGCGCACUUUCAGGAGAAGGAGGAGGACCCAUUCCUUUACCAAUUUUCCAAACAUGUUUUUUUUUUUUUUUUUCUCCAAUUGAACUCUUAAGCCUUGUUUUUUGUCCCAUUCCAUCCUUAAUCCCAGCACCAUUUACUCCUGAUCCCAGUCCUUCCCCAAGCUCCAAUCCAAUUAAUUCCCAAUCCCGUUCCUUCCCGUUUUCCCUGUAUCCAUUACAGAUCCUCCUCCAGGUGCUGCUCUGAGCAAGACAACCACAGUGGUGUGCUCUUGUUGUAAACACCCAAACACUUAAGGUGCUAUUGAAAGUGCAUUUUUUUGGUAAAACUGUAAUUAUUAUUUUGUACAAUACUGUUCUUUAAUGAUUGCCUUUAAAUCUUGCAUGUGCGUCAAAAUUGAUUUGAUGAAAUAUUGAUAACUAUCAAGAGUAUUUUCUCUAGAAUUUUGUUGUUGUUGUUGUUGUUUUCAUGUUUGAAAACCAACAGUGCAACAGAUUUCUUCACAAGAUGUCAAUCAAUCAAGUGUCCCUGCCAACUAUAAAAUAAAACAAGCAUUUCAAACCA